GCUGAGCCACACACCAUGGCCCUUCUCUGGGUGGUCCUUGGCUUCUUCCUCUUUGGCAGCAGCUUUGGCUGCGGGGUCCCUGCCAUCGACCCCGUGAUGCACGGCCUGUCCAGGAUCGUCAAUGGAGAGGACGCUGUCCCUGGCUCCUGGCCCUGGCAGGUGUCCCUGCAGACCAGCUCUGGCUUCCACUUCUGCGGGGGCUCCCUCAUCCGCGAGGACUGGGUGGUCACUGCCGCUCACUGCGGGGUCAGGAAGAACCACCUCGUGGUGGCCGGGGUGUCUGAUCACUCCUCCGAGGAGGAGGAUGUCCAGGUGCUGAGGAUCGCGAAGGUCUUUGAACACCCGCUGUGGGACGUGCGCACGGUCUGCAACGACAUCGCCCUGCUGAAGCUGGCCACGCCCGCAAGCCUCUCCGGGACCGUGUCCCCCGUCUGCCUGCCCAACGCCAACGCCAGCUUCCCCGCGGGCGCCCUGUGUGCCACCACCGGCUGGGGCAAGACCCGCUACAACGCCCUCCAGACGCCUGACAAGCUGCAGCAGGCGGCCCUGCCCAUCAUGUCCAACGCCGACUGCAAGCAGUUCUGGGGCAGCAGGAUCACCGACGUGAUGAUCUGUGCAGGUGCCGUCGGCGUCUCCUCCUGCAUGGGUGACUCUGGCGGCCCCCUGGUCUGCCAGAAGGAUGGAGCCUGGACCCUGGUGGGCAUCGUGUCCUGGGGCAGCAGACAGUGUGGCCCAUUCUCGCCAGGCGUGUAUGCCCGGGUCACCGAGUUUAUUCCCUGGGUUCGCAAAGUUCUGGAGGCCAACUGAGCCCCUGCACUGCCCCAGCCCCCACCUGUGUAAAACCCAAAUAAAACUGCUUGCAUCUUCA